GUUCUCGCGCAGUGUCCGCUCCGUCGAGUCGACCAAUCAGAGCGGUUCGCGCCUUGCGCCCGCACGCGCGCGUUUAUCAAAAUGCGAAUGGCUCGGGAGCGGCGGCGGCGGCAUUAAUUAAUCUAUAACAAAAUAACUUAUAGCCGUCCGUAAUCGGCCACAGAGUCAAAGCACAAGCGACCUUCGCGCCGCGAACACAUCCUGCGUGCAUACAAUAUAAAAUAAAACAACAAAUACAAAGUACACAGUAAAUAAAACAAAAACUCCGCGGUCCGGUUUAGUUCCCCGCGUUUGCUUCGUGUAUAAAAGCGAAAAGGAAAAACAGAAAUGUCCGCUUUGAAUUUCAGUUACGUUUAAAACGUUCCGUGGAACAUCGUGAAGUGUUUAAAGAUAAAUAAAUAUAUUUGGUGUUAUUGAAAGCGAGCUGAAUUAUUAUCUAAGUUAAAAUAAGAUAGCAUUAUCUGGGUGAAUGUAAAAGUGUUUGUGUGGUGAACUGGUUGUUCUCAGUUUCUAGUUUGUGUACAAGUGACUAUUGAAUUAUUCGCAACUUUCAUUCGGAGCGAGCGUCCUCUCGAUUAGCAUACGAGGAGCCAUGGCGAAGUUGUGUUUUAUGACCAUUUUGGUCAUCUUACUAGUGCAACUCUUCUCAUUUAACCGCGCAAACAUGCCGCCAGAUGAUGCUGCAAUCGCCCACACAUAUACGCCAGCAUGGAGAUACAGAUGCGUACCAGACCAGGGUUGCGAGAGGACGACGCACCCUCAGCAUGGCUUGGAGACCAGCGCCAGGAACACCAGCGGCAUGGUGUUUGCCAGCAUGGACGUCUGUCGGACAGUCUGCGGCAGGUUUGGCGGGCUCUGGCCACGACCCGUCACGGCCGCCAUUGGCAUACAGACUGUCAAAAUACAUCCGAAUUAUUUGAGAUUCGAUCUUCAAAAUGUUCCCGCACCAGUUGUAUCUCUAAUGGCGGAUAUGACAAAGCUGGUCGGCCCCAACCUUCUGGCAGAAUGCGAUGGUACCGUCACUGAAGACGUGGAUGCACCUGUCGUGGUCUACCUCACCGUUAGGAGUGCUGACAAGUCUUUGACCUUGAACACUAAUGAGGAAUACAUGCUUGAUGUCCAGCAUAAUACUAAAGAUGCACAGAUCUCGGUUCGUAUAACAGCCGAAACAGUAUACGGAGCUCGCCAUGCGCUGGAGACGUUCACUCAACUAGUGGCAUCCAGCAAACCGGAGUUCGCAGACGACAAGAUUUGUAGCCUCCUGCUCGUGUCAGGCGCUAAAGUUCGUGAUCGUCCUGCAUACCGAUACAGAGGGCUCCUGAUUGAUAGUAGUAGACAUUUCAUUCCUAUGGAGAACUUGAAGAAGACCCUCGAUGGUAUGGCAGCCAAUAAGAUGAAUGUUUUUCACUGGCAUGUCACUGACUCGCAUAGUUUUCCUCUCGAGUCUACUAGAGUGCCACAGUUUACCAGAUACGGAGCCUAUUCCUCGGAGGAAAUCUAUUCUGCGGAGGAGGUUCGGGAGCUGAUCCAUUAUGCUCAAGUGCGUGGUAUUCGCGUCGUUAUUGAGAUCGACUCGCCUGCUCACGCUGGUAAUGGCUGGCAGUGGGGACCUGAAUACGGUUUGGGUCAUCUCGCUGUCUGCGUGAACCAAUGGCCAUGGAGAGGGAUAUGCGUGGAGCCUCCUUGUGGACAGCUGAACCCUGCCAACCCUGAGGUGUACCGUGUGCUAGGUGACCUGUACCGGGACAUCGCUGAUGCUUUACCAGUGCCCGCAUUACUCCAUGUAGGAGGAGAUGAGGUUUACAUUGAAUGCUGGAACCGGACGGAAGAGAUCACAAAUUACAUGAAAACGAAGAACUAUGAUCCAGCGUCGGAUGGUUUCUUGAAGUUGUGGGCAGAGUUCCAUGAGAAGGCGUUGGCUGCGUGGGACGGGGUGAUGGAAGCAGCGGGAACACCCAAGCAGCCCGUCAUGAUCUGGUCAUCAGACCUCACCCAACCACAAUGGAUCAACACGCAUCUGGACAAAGAAAGGUACAUUGUCGAAGUAUGGGAGCCUGUGGGCAGCCCGUUACUGCACAAACUGCUCAGAAUGGGAUACCAAACUGUGUCCGUGCCCAAAGACAUUUGGUACUUAGACCACGGUUUCUGGGGAGCCACCAAGUUCAGCAAUUGGAGGAAGAUGUACGCCCACAUGUUGCCCCGGGAUGACAAUAUGCUUGGAGGAGAGGUGGCCAUGUGGACGGAAUAUUUAGAUGAGCAGGCCUUAGACACGCGCGUUUGGCCUCGCGCGGCGGCAGUAGCGGAGCGACUGUGGUCGGACCCGACAGCAGACGUGCUAUCGGCUGAAGCUCGCAUGCAGAGACAGCGCACGCGCCUCAUCAAGCGCGGGCUGCGCGCCGACGCCAUCUCCCCCGCCUGGUGCUCACAACACGACUCCAGGUGCUUCUGAUCUCCUGUUGUUGCUACACAGACUUAUCAAGCAUUUCCUUACCUCUGACACGAAAAUGCCUAGUUCGAGUUUGUUUUAAGCCUUGUAUUCAUGGUAAACAUUUUGUUUAGUAACAUAAUAUAUGGUUGCAUAAACAUGUUGCGGGCAACACUUGUGUUGCGGAGUUGAUCACGCCAUGCUGCAGAGUUGACGCCCGGCGAUUUCAUAAAAAACGUUGAUCAACUGUGUUACUAAACAAAAUGUUUACCAUAAAUACGAGGUUUUACGUUAAUACAAUUGACACGUUUAUGACGUGCGGCGCUCUGGUUGGCUAUAAUUUAAUCAACCAAUCAAAAGGCUAAACGUGGUAAUGUUUCGAUCGCGUUAACGUUAAAAUAUUUCGCACUAGGCACUCUGAACUAAUCAUGUGUUACGUUUCUCUUAUAAAGGGAAAAGUGAUUAUUUAUCAAUAGGUGCUUAAAAACAUUUUUGUUGUAUCUCAAAGUUUCUGUUACCGAGUAACUGAGAGAUUAUUCAAUUAUAUUGUCACUGUGUGAUGGAACAAAUGCCUUAAGUUAACUUAGCCUAAGAACUCUUUUCUCUUCUUCUUUUUUAUAGCAAAAGUGACAAAUUAGUGUCUACGGUAAGGAGAGUAAAUAGAUCUCGAUGUAUGAAUAGAACUCUUAAGGUGUUUUUUCACCAGAGAUGUGCUAUGUAGCUUUGCUACGAAGAUAUAAUAGCUAAACUUUGAAACUAUGUGACCGUUUCUAUUUGUACUGAUACUAAACUAAGCUGUACGAGUAUGCGAUGUAUCGAUAGUAGGGAACCCAUUCAUUGCAUGUAUUCAUAUAAAAAACAUACCUUAGCUGAGUCCGUUUCCACGAGUACCAAGCUAUGUGUACCAAUGAAUAUGAAUGGUGGAAGUUAAACGCAUCCACAGCAACGUAGUAUAGUACAUCUCUGGUGGAAAAGCAUCUUUAAAGUUGUAUAUUCCUAUUCACUAUAAAAGUGUAAACUAUUACGUUUUUUAAGAACUAUAUAAAGAAAGAAAAACUUUAUAAAGUAAGUCAAUAUAAAGUUUUUAAACUAUAACUUAUAAGUACAUGGAGAAGCCUAUAACUGCAUCUAGGCUGAGUUUAGUCAUGAAUCCAAAUACGAUUACUGCAAGGGCUCUCACUAAUUUAUAUACACGUAAGUUUUAAACUGUCAAUUACAUAAUUUUAUAAUUAUUUUUAAAUGUAAGUGUACUUAAAAUUAUACGGUAUAUAAAAUAAAUCAAAAAUCAAUGCAGAUAGUAAAAGUCCUCUGUAACUUACGGUGCAUGAACAAUUACUUAUACAGUCCAUGAAUUUCUUAAACUACAUAUAAGGAGUAAAGCCUCGUCUCCACUAGAAACAUUUGUCGAGCAACAUUUGUCCACGGAGACAUCGGGCGAUAUCGGGCAAUGUCGGGCAAUGUCGGGCGAUGCCGCGACAUUGUUGACUGCAGCGACAAGGAACAGUUUCAACAAUGUCAAACAAAUGUUCCUAGUGGGGACGAGGCAUUAAAUAACUAGAAAUGUAAAAAAAAAUUAAAUGCAAAUCUAUAACGAAUGCAAUGCAAUAUGUGUUCUAUUACUAAUAAAGCGAUACUUACUUUAUUGGAGUUCUAUACAUCAGUAGAUUUUGUAUAAGAAUUUUUAAACAUACAUACCGUUAUAAUACCGACCUGUGUCAUAAUUAGACCCUGUUUCCUCUACUGAACGUUUUUAGACGAUUUGAAUGAAAAACUUGUUAAAUGAAGAGUGUAAAGGGCCGUGUAAAGACUUAUUUAAGAAAUUUGGUUAUGUAUGCCGUGUCACACAGAUGUGCUAGAAAAUUAAUAAUCACUAAGUUUUUUUAAGAGAAGAAAAUUAUCCAAUGAUUUCUCCCGCCUUGGACGAGGCGAGAGGGUGUAUCCAACUUUUACUGACUAAAAACCACCCCUUUCCUACUCCUGCUUUUCGAGCCGGAGCCCGGUAACCCGCUAGGCAGUCCGCAGCUCCGGAUCGAUUUAUCAAUACGUACCGCCUUGCUUAUAGUUAAAGUACAUGUUAUGUUAUGUUACAAGUUGUUGUAAUUGAUAAUUAAUUAAGUCACAUUUAUAGUUCAUUCAAAUUCAACCCAUUUUGAACUUUACAGCCUUGUAAUAAGACAUAUGGAAAACGCAACCUUCAAGUUGGGUUUGCAAAAAAAUAUUUGCAUCGAAAUACCUCCUUAUACUAAUCAGGAUAAGAUUCAUAAUCGAAAGAAUACACCGCAAAUGGAUUUGUUAAAUACUAUAUUUUACUUCAUAAAAUAAAUAAAUGUAGACGUUCAAGAAAUUCUGAAAUAUACCGAAUUUAUUGUGAUAAUAUACAUAAUAUUAUUAGAUUUACAUAAUGCUUAGUUAUACUUGUUCUAUGACAAUUUAAUUUAUAUUAUAUUAUAAUAAAAAUACUACUGUAUACAGAA